AUGAAAUUAAGGUGUGGAGAGCAAACUUCCAAUUCUUAUGAAAAGUUAAAAGAGCUUUUAAAUAUUGGUGGUCGAAGUACCCUUAGAUUAGAUAGGAAAGGUCUUCUAAAGUCAUUGGGAACAGAAUUACUUGUACAGGAAGAUGGAGUAUUAAGUACACGUGGUAAAAGAAAAGGAGAUUUAAAUAAAGAGCGUCCUUAUCCUAGACCCCGGUUCAGGGUCCAGGCUUCUUAUCCUAGACCCACCUUAAAUAUGAUUGUUUUAAUCAGCAGAAAAUAUACCAUAUACACGCGUAACAUUUAG